AUGGCGGAGCCAGUAACUGUGGAGCUUGACUUACAGGAUGUGGACGAUUUGAACGAAAACGACUCUGCUUUUGGGGAUGAUGUACAAAGCGCAACUACGUCUAUUGGCUCCAGUAUUUUGAAGUAUCGGCAGGAAAAUGGAAGAACGUAUCAUGCCUACAAAGACGGAAAAUAUGUACUGCCAAACGACGAGGGAGAAAAUGAUCGACUAGAUUUGCAACAUCAUAUGUACUGCUUGAUGCUGGACGGCAAAUUGACGACAGCGCCAAUUCCCAAAGAUCAACAGCUUCAUCGAGUUUUGGAUCUCGGAACUGGAACUGGCAUCUGGGCAAUUGAUUUUGCCGAUGAACACCCUGAAUCUCAAGUUCUGGGAAUUGACCUCAGUCCAAUUCAGCCUAGAUUUAUACCACCUAAUUGCAUGUUCGAAGUUGACGAUCUUGAAGAAGACUGGACAUACAAACACAAAUUCGAUCUCAUCUUCAUGCGAAUGAUGACAGGUUCCGUAUCAGACUGGCCACGAUGCUUCAAACAAUGUUACGACAAUCUUAAUCCAGGAGGAUGGAUGGAGAUCCAUGAUAUGAAGUUCCCAAUCGAGGACAACGACGACUCGUUUCCUACAGACUGCGCUGUGAAGCAAUGGACGGAUUUCGUGAUCGAAGCUGCGCAGAACCUUGGCCGUCCGCUUGAUUCCGCGAAGAAUUAUAAGCAGCAAUUGAUUGAUGCCGGGUUCGAGAAUGUGGUUCAAGUCAUGUACAAGUGGCCUCAGAACCACUGGCCAAAGGACAAGAAGUUGAAGGAACUGGGGAGGUGGAUGUACGAGAACUUUAGCUCAGGUCUUUCUGGGCUUAGCAUGGCGCUGUAUACGCGAGGGUUGGGAUGGACAGCGGAACAAACCGAAGCCUUUUUGGUGGAAGUUAGGAAGAGCAUGAAAGACCCUAAAGUGCAUAGAUAUUAUCCAAUGUGA